AUGCUUCAGGAGCAGUUUAGCACCCAGAGCGCCCCAAAAUUCCAGUAUCUUCAUGUUUCUCACCUGGAGGUAGAUAUCUUUGAGAAAAUCCUGAAUGAUGAAAAUAAGUUUCGAGGAGCCAGGGCUACCGUCUCUUAUGAGACCAAUGAGAUUCUAUACAAAGUGAUCCCCGCCCAGCAUCACCAAUCCUUGGAGAUAUUCAUCCAGAUAGUAGCGAGACGGUUGGCCUCGAUGGGGUUGAAAGGCUACCGGGGCCAUUGGAUGAGUCGAGGAUCCGCAAGGACUGCUGGAUGGACUUGUGGCAAGGAGCCCGACUAG